CUUCUGCUCUCUACCACCUUUCUGCAUUUGCCCUUCAAUACCGUUGCUACUCGUGUAUCAUGUCUUCAACACUAUCCUCAAGGAAAUGGCUGCUGAUCGCGCUUACAGGGCUCACCAUACUGACUGUCGUUGGCAUCUUCCAAGCUGUAUCUUACCUUGCUGACGGCUCUGCAGCCAAGGAGGUUGCUGGUGCGCGCGAGUGGAUCCUGAAUGGACUACGCGCAAAUACAUACAGCUUUAAGGCAGCAGCGAGCGCGCAGGCACUUUGACAGGUACCUGCAAGCAAUCCACCAACGGAUCCACAACGAGGAUCUGUACUCGUACUGCCACCAGAGCAACUUUAACGACAAAUUCAUACGGUCGGCCGAGCGGCGCUACAGGAAUCUAACCGACCCCUCAACAAACAUGCGCGUCUUUAUCGCUGUCAACCUGUAUAAUAGCGAAAAGAUCUUGCCCAAUAUGGCCGCACAGCUCCUGUCUUUUGCCCAGCUGCUGGGCAACCAUCGCGUUUUCAUCUCGAUGUAUGAGAACGGAUCUGGCGAUUUGACCAAAGAGAUUCUGCGUGAAUUCAGCCCGACAUUGGACGCAUUAAAUGUGCCGCACCGCAUUGUGGUCGAUGGCAAUCCCCGACCCUCCUCGUUCCACCGGAUCGAGUACAUGGCGCAGAUCCGAAACAAGCAUUGGAGCCGCUCUACGAGCAGUCGCGGGAGUACGACCGGGUUGUGUUCCUGAACGAUGUGUUCUUUUGCCCGUCCGACUUGAUGGAGUUGGUUUAUCAGGCGGAGACCCAAGGAUGCACAUUUGACGUGUGGCGAGGAUUUUGA